AGAUGGUAGUAAAACAGACACAGGAAGCGCAAGGCAUAGGGGCCCUGUGGACAGCUAAUAUUUUGGCUUGAUUUCUUAAGCGGGCUUGCGGGUUACUUGGUUACCGGGCCCUGAACUUCACUGCGAAGGACUCUUGUAUCAAAAGAGCCCAGAUCCAUCCCCUCUACCCCAAACCCUCUGAUCCUACCUCAUUAUCACAAUGGUAGGUCCUGCGCGAACCGCUUCUCUAUACCUUCUCUAGUUACAUUGCUAACCCGGCUCUUAAUGCAGCUGCCCCUUGGGCUUUUAACCGCGGCGCAAGGCCACCCAAUGCUCGUGGAGUUGAAGAAUGGAGAAACACUAAACGGCCACCUCGUGAACUGUGACAACUGGAUGAACUUGACGUUGAAGGAGGUGGUGCAAACAAGUCCCGAGGGCGACCGUUUCUUCAGACUGCCCGAAGUUUAUGUUCGGGGAAAUAACAUAAAAUACCUCCGAGUCCCAGAAGAAGUGGUUGAUUUAGCCCGAGACCAACAACAGAGCCAGCAAUCAGGACGGAAUCGUGGAGGCGACAGGCAGCACAGGGAUUCAGGACGAGGUGACCGUGGAGGGCGUGGCGGCCGCGGCGGCAGAGGACGUGGCAGGGGAAGAUAAAACAUGGCUGUUGGGAUAUCGCAAUCUUCGAUCUUCGAAUCAUCUCUUCAAUAUCAUAAUGGAAACACAUGCGCACACCCAUGCAAGCAAAGCAACCAACAACGUGCCUUCUUCAUAUCGAAUUACGAUCAACGAGUACCAAACACCAACUUCUACGGUUAACUACCAACCCAACGAACAUGUAUAACGAGACUAGGGCUAGCGGGAGUUAUACGGCUCAGAAGAGGAUGUAUACUAUAGGUCGGAAUCUAUAACUCGGAUCACUGCUGCGUUUAGAGGAAGAUAGAAAUACCAUUAGCUCGAGCAGGCUAAAACUAAGAAGAAAUGCCUCAUGAUAUUCUUGUCUCUUUAUCUAUUUACAUACCAAACUUCAUCCGUCUCUAUUAUAUAUAAUGUUAGCAACCGAAACCAUCCUGGGACCAACGACAUGCCCAAUUAACCCCUAUAUGUAUAUACCACAUUGAAUCCUGAAUCUAGUUCAUCUCUUCGACACCGACUGGGCAGCAGCGGAAUCGCUCUCCUUGUUCUCUCCUUCUUCCUGCUGACGCAGUGGCUCAAGAAGCUCUCUCUCCUCCCCGCCCUCAACGUCUUCUUCCUGUCCCCGCCAGUCUGCAGCACGGCCUUCGG